CCUUACACUAACAGAGGUCUCCGUGAUUUAAAAAUAAAGAGAAAACAGGCCAUCUGCCUCUUAGCAUAGUGGAGCAGGGAGGAUUAAAUCCAGAUUAUGGCCGAGGCAAAAUGUUGUGUGUGUUUGUGUCAGUGCGUGUGUGUAUGUGUCUGUUGCUUGUCGUCAGUGCGUCCUUGGCUCCAUAGUGAAGCAGCAGGUUAGCUAGAGAGCUACCACUAGAUUGACAGAUAUAGAAAGGCAAACCGGAGGGCAACUUAAAGGGAGCAACAUCUUCUUUUUUUUCCUGACAAAGUUUCAGUCUCUUUUGGUAGAUUCAACAGCAACACAACUCAAGAUGGCUUUCUUGAUCAAGAGCAUGAUCGGGAACCCCCUGUCAGGAAUCGGUCUCGGUGGUGGAGGUGACAAAGAAGAGGAGGCCACCCCCUCAGAUCCAGCCAAAGCAGCAGGGAUGACACGCGAGGAGUAUGAAGAGUACCAAAAACAGUUGGUGGAGGAGAAGUAAGUAGCGACAGCAACUCUGCCCUGCUUUGAAUCCACGCCAUCGGCCUCUGGAAAACAGUAUGGCUGCUGAAUGUGCAAUCUGACCUUGACAUGCUGUUUUCUCCUGCAUACCAACCCUUGAAUCUUCACUUUCCCUUUUAGGUUUACAACUUUUCACAUAUAUUCACUCUUUAACAAUCUACAACUAGAAAAAGAUGUGUGUUUUUUCAUUUCCAUGCACUGUCAGUGAGGUAACGGUUUUUAUAAGAUGCAUUCGCCGCUGAAGGUCACAGUAGAGAUAUUUGUUUUUUCAUCUUGUCUGAGUUUACAACAUAAAGCCGACUGAGGCUAACGGUCUUGCUAGAUCUGGAUCAAUAAUCUCCCAUAAUCUGUCUUCUGUUUCUGCAUCAAGAGCAGCCAUGGGUUACAUUUUGACUUUCUCAGGGCCCCAUAGCCUUGCAGUUUAUAAUGCACCCCAUGUACAGAGGUUAUAGUCCUCUCCUGAUCACUGCUUUAUUUGGUGCAAAUUAUUCCCCCCUCUCUCUCCCCAUAUUCCCUCCUUUUCUCUGGCUGUCAUACCAAUAAAGACAAAUAAUCCCAACCAUAAAUCACCAAACAAAAAUACUACUUUCUCGUACUGAAAACAAAUGAAUCAGUGUCCGUAAAAUGAUGGUUUUACGAAGAGAUCGAAGCAUAAAAUUUGUUUGGAGGUCUGAGGUUGUGCAGCAAAGUGAAGCAAUCGUGAUCCUGCAAAAGUUAUUUUUUUAUCUGUUACAUUUGGAUAAUAUUAUCUACCAAAGAAGCAGUUGUUAACAUAGCAGUGGUGACAGAUUUUAAUUGGAUAUUUUUGUUUAUAGUGUCCACCUCUAUGCUUUAGUCAACCUGCGCCUUUUGUGUGUGUUAAAUUUCUAUCUUCUACUAUCUUUAACAUGAAAACUACACCGCAGCUAUUUAAAUCUGUGUUAAAGAGUGCAAAGAUGAGAUCUUUUUGACAAAUGUGGAAUCUGGACUGCAGGGAUACAGGGUAGAUUUUGCAGCAUGAGGCAGAUCCAGUCAUUACAUAACCACAUUAAUCCAUCCCCUGCACUCUUGUGUUUUGGAAAUGACUUAAAAGACAACGACAUUGUCCAUCAUUGCAGGUUUUUAGAAAUGUUUUAAAACCUACAGCCACAAAUCCUGAUCUACACAAAAAAUGAAACUGAAGAGACAAAAUUGAAGGACUUAAUGUGCCUGUGAUAAAUGCAACAAAGAUCUGUAAUUCUUUAUCAGACCAGCUUGAGUGUUUUAUCAAUAGUUAAUCUGGGUGUUGAUGGUCUCCUAGCUCAUGUAUGUUGUUGUUUCACUACAGUUCAAGUUGUGGUGUCUUGGCUUGAUUGCAAAUCUGCUUGACUCAGUCUGCCCCAAUAAUCCCAUCUGUAAUUGGCUGAGGGAAAGUACGUGAGUCUCGUUCUGGUAGUGAGAGAAUAGGGUGUCCUAAAGUUCAGCCACUAAAAACUGGAGAUUCUUAAUUGGUGGUUUUGAUAACUUGACUCAAUAAGCCACUUAAAUCUCUUUCAAGUCUUUGAUGAAGACGAUUUCCUUUGGAUCAUAUUUCCAAGGUUUUAUCAAAACUGUUUAAUUCAUGACUGUGGGUGAAGAAAAUGUCAAUGCUGCCUAGAUUUGCAAUUUGUAAUGGAAAGGUUGCAACAAUAUUUUUCUAUUUUAGACGUCUCUCUCCCAAUGGAAACCAUUUUAAAGCUAGUACAAAUAUGACAGAAAUGUUUUAGGCCCAUCUUAAAUGUACUACUUUUUUGGUCACAUAAGAUGAGGAUUUUCCUAUGUUUCACUCAGAGAUAUGAAAACAGAAAACCUGCUGAAAUCUGCAGAAACUUUUGUUGUCACCAACAAAAAGAAAAUGUACCCAUGAUUCCGCUACCCUAGAUUUUUCAGUCUGUUUCGAAAACUGAUAAAUGGAGAAACUUUUAGAAAUAAUCAUGGCGGAAACAUGAUUUGUUCUAUCCUUUCAAAAGAAAUCAAUAAACACCUACAGAAAGUACAUUUCUAAUACAUUUAUAAUCUGGGAAUUUCCCCUUGUAGGACUAAUACAGGAGUACCUUAACUUAUCAGACUCACUUGCUGCUCAGGACUUUGGUACAAUCGUACUUUAAACUGUUUCAAAAGUGAUAGGCUUGUAAAAAGAGCAAACAAUGUUGAAAAUAAUCAAGUCUGCUGUUAUAUUUAAAAGACAACAUCAAAGACAACCAAAGGAAAAAUACAAGACAUUUUUAGCUGUUUGCACCAGUUUUGUGAGGUUUAUUAUGGUCAAACCCUAAAGGGCUAUGUUGUGAAUUUACGCAUAUAAAGGAAUUUUUUACUCAUAGAGAUAUUCAAACCUAAAUUUAAACCUUUUUGCAUGUUAUGAGUUGGAUGGAAGUAAAUGGAAAGAUGUGGCAUAGUGUUUAAAUUAAUGUUGCCUUAAGGUCUAGUCAGAGAAAAUAGAGCCCUAACCCUAAUACAUCAGUUUAAAAACAGGAUGCACAUACCUGGAACUGGAGAUAUUCUGAGAUAAAACAAGUCAUCAAACUCUGGCUGGGCUUUUCUUUGCAGCUUCUCUUCUUUAAAUUUAAUAUUCUCUAUUUGAAACUCAGAUAUUCCUUUAGUGGUGGCUUUGCUGACAAUCUUGUUUUCUUUUGUUUGUUUUUUUCUAUUGCAGGAUGGAGAGAGAUGCAGAUUUCUUACACAAGAAGGCAGAGAGAGCAACACUCAGGGUGUGCCUCAGAGAAAAAUAUCGGCUGCCAAAGGUAACGUCCCUGAAACCCGACUGUCACAUCAUGUUAAAAAGAGUCAUUUUUACCUUCACAUCUAAAACUCCCCCUACAGAUGGGGCCCAGUUCUUAUCAUUUAUCAAACUGAAAGUCUUUGUUAAUUUGUAAUCAGGUAUAAGGACGCUGUAUGAGUAAGUUUCUGCUUAUUUGCCAUCAGCUAUAACUAGACUGUUUCAUGAUCUUAAAACCUAAGCAGUGGCGACUGAUGAAAAAUGAAUACAUUAACACUUAUAGAUGAUUAAAUGAAUGUUUUUUUAAUCCUUUGAUUUAGUAAAGUAAAAACAUUCCCCAGCCCUCAUUUCUAAAGUGAUCUAAAGUGAGCGGCCUGUGCAGGUAGAGCAACAACGAAGCCUCUUCAUGGCUGAGGUCAUCUUUAUCUAACAGCAGAUCUUGGCAGCUGCAGGUGGACAACAGGAGGUGGAAGCUCUGUCAGUAGAUUAGCGAGAAAGACGUUCAACCAGAGUCUUGCAGACGUUAGUGUCCCAUAUUGCACCUUGAGUCUCACAAAGCCGAAGCUGAGCAGGUGUCCCAGGCUCAUUAGAGAGCGCCAGGCAGUGUGGGCUGGCUUUAAGGCACAACAACAUCUACUUUAGCGGAUGUAAACUGAACACUUUAGAAGGAGUCCUGAAGAUCAUUUUGCUAAAAUGGAGGGAGCACAAAAGGUAUGUUGAGAUUUAAUUCAAGCAGUUUAAAGAUUAAUACCUGCAGAGUGUCUGCUAAACCUACCAUCGAUUCAACAGAUGAGAAAUUACUGUUUUCAUGAACUUUGUCUCUUUAUGGCUGAAGAGCAAAAUCAGAAUCAGUUGAGAGCGCACGCUUUUAAAUAGAGUAAUUUUUAUUCCUCUGAAUGCAGUGAUGACCUUGGCUGCCGGAGGCGUUUCUAAUAGUCUCACCUAACAGAUACUCUUUUGUUUCGCUUGUUGUUUUAAACAAAAGGCCCAUUUCUUUUCACUGUUCAUCCUUUAAAUUGAAACCACAUAUUUCCGAUGAGAACAAUGGCAGGAUCCUAUACAUCUAAAUCUAAUUAUUUCUUCAAAAUGAUGUUUACAUUGCUUCCGAGCAAGAGGAAGAACAAAUGACAAAGGCUGAUUUGCCCUUAUUAUACGUGAAAUAUGCAUUUUAAAUUGAUUUCCAACAACAAUGAGACACCUAAAGGCAUACUGUCGUGUUGAUUCUUUUCUCUAAAUGGGUUAAAGGUUGAGGUCUCGCAAAUCUGCCUUGAAAUGUGGACUUGAAAACAUAAAUGUAUAUUUCUUUUAAGGUUUUAAGUGUACAUUUCAAGUUAAACCAGGAAGUUGACGCUGUUGGUCUAAUGGAUUUAGAGUCUCGUGCAACACUAUGGAAGAUAUCUUUAGACUAUGGUUGGGAUUCAGGGAGGAAAGGCUAAAGCAGGUCUGAGAUAAUCCCCCAGAUUGACGCUUAAAGUAGUCACAGUAGUACCUACUGCACGACUAUUCCAGAUAUCAAGUGAUUAGAUUUAAAUUUAGCAUUUCCAUGAUGCGCUGACAAAUGAGGUGAACUGUUAGUCACUUUGGAUUAAAAGGAGUCAGCUGAAUUACAAAAAUAAAACAUGUAAAAACAUAAGAGAAUACGUUCUAGUGCAGCUACAUGGAUGUGGAUUAAGACGGAUCUGAGAGCUUGCCUGAUUGCUUGCUUGUAAUGCGCAUUGAAACCGAGGAGAUACAGUAUUUUAUGCUUCAACAGAAAAACAAGAGCUACUCCACAAAGAUAAGCACAAUCGAUCUUAAAAAUAAAAAAGGAGAUGAUAGUUUUUCAGGGUUUAUCUUUGGUUCAGUGCUUAAACUGGAUAAAUUAUGCUCAGUACCUUGGAUUGCAAGCAGCAGUCGAUUAGUUUGUUGUAUGUUGUGGAAAUCAGGCAGAAUGACAGCAUGAUAAUCCUGGAAAAAGCCUUAAAGUCAGCCUCUAGGUUGUUUACCUCUGAGGAAUAUUUCAGUAAUAUGAAUAUACUGUCGUUUGUUAUGAAUGGGGAAAACAAAAACAUGACCACUCUCAUCCCUGGCACUGAUGACAUCCAAGUGUAAUGACCUAAAGUGAUAUGAAGGGGUACAAAAGAAACAAAAUACACGUUUGAGCAGGUUUUCUAAAGAUGAAUGUGAAUGUGAAAUGUGUUUCUUGCCUGAUCUUGACGUCCGCAGAGUGAGCAGGACGAAAACAUGAUCGAGAUGGCCGGAGACGACGUGGACGUGCCUGAGGAGCUGCUUAAGAUGGUGGAUGAGGACGCCACGGAGGAGGAGGGCAAGGACUCUCUCAUGGGUCAGUUUCAGAACAUACAGAACAUGGACAUGGACCAGCUGAAGGAGAAGGCCUCAGCCACCGUCACCGAGCUGAAGAGCAAAGCAGAGGAGAAGUGCUCCGUCAUGUGAGGGCCCAGAUGGAUGUGUCUGUGAUUGAGGGGGGAAAAAAAGGAAAAGAAGGGAGCAGACGAGAGCAAAAAAUGAAUUUCAGCACUUUCUGGGAAUCUGCAGAGAGCUCUGGUAAUAAGUUGAAUAUCAUAAGCAGUAAAACAAAUCAUCUUUGUUCCUUCAAUAAGAAUUGUUAGUAUUGAAAGAGUGUGACUGCAAUAACACACAACCCUAAAUCAAACCAGGGUGCCCCAUCUCUCCCGUGACAUUCUUUUUUUUUUUUUUUUCUGGGAUGAAAUGUGUAGAAAUGACAGCAAAUUACUGCUUUUUGCCUCACUUUCAUACUUUACAGUACAUUUAACAUUUUGACUAUUUGAUAUAAUGUUGGCUUAUGUCGGAAAAUAAGACAAUCACAUCACAAAAAGGGUAAUUUCAUUAACUUAAUAAUAAGACUUGGUCUCAAAACCCUUAUUUAAGUAAUAACCCAAUCCUGUGUAAGUGUUUUGUCUCUCCUUUCGGUUUGCUGGAUAUUCUAGAUUUUGUUUGUUUGUUUGGUUUUCUUUUUUUUUUUUGUAUGUGGUGUUUGAACUAUUUUUUUUCUUUUAGUGUUAUUACAAAUCAGACAAUCUUUGUCACUCUUGACAUGUUCACAGAAAGCUUCUCUCCACAUUCAUACUUUCAUGUGAUACUAUACUGUUGCAGACAUUUGCAAAUUUGCACAACUUGUCAUCCUAGAAUACGUACUUUAUUCCAUAAAAACACAAUGUACAUAAAAAAUCUUGAUGUAUGAAGGUAACUAAGAAAACAAAUGUAUUGUUCGAAUAAAGAUGUAUAUUAAAUA